CCGCCCCCUUCUCCGCGCCCCGCCCCGCGCCUCCGCCGGCCCGGCCGCUGUCAGCUCCCUCAGCGUACGGCCGAGACGCGGUGUAUGCGGAGCCUCUGCGCCCGCCGGCUGCUUCACGUCCUGGGCCUUCGCUUCCCGCUGCCCACCCGCCGGCCGCUGUUCCUCUGCCCUCGCCGCCUCAUGAAGCCGCUGGUCGUGUUCGUCCUCGGCGGUCCCGGCGCCGGCAAAGGGACCCAGUGCGCCCGCAUCGUCGAGAAAUAUGGCUACACACACCUUUCUGCAGGAGAACUUCUUCGUGAUGAAAGGAAGAACCCAGAUUCACAGUAUGGUGAACUCAUUGAAAAGUACAUUAAAGAUGGAAAGAUUGUGCCAGUUGAGAUAACCAUCAGUUUGUUAAAGAGGGAGAUGGAUCAGACAAUGGCUGCCAAUGCUCAGAAGAAUAAAUUCUUGAUUGAUGGGUUUCCAAGAAAUGAAGACAACCUUCAAGGUUGGAAUAAGACCAUGGAUGGGAAGGCAGAUGUGUCUUUUGUCCUGUUUUUUGACUGUAAUAAUGAGAUCUGUAUCGAACGAUGUCUUGAGAGGGGAAAGAGUAGUGGUAGGAGUGAUGACAACAGAGAGAGCUUGGAAAAAAGAAUUCAAACCUAUCUUCAGUCAACAAAGCCAAUUAUUGACUUAUAUGAAGAAAUGGGGAAGGUCAAGAAAAUAGAUGCUUCUAAAUCUGUUGAUGAGGUUUUUGAUGAAGUUGUGAAGAUUUUUGACAAAGAAGGCUAACUCUAAGCCUGAAAGCGUCCUUGAAAUCAUGCUUGAAUAUUGCUUUGAUAGCUGCUAUUACAGCCCCUUUUUAAGGCAAUUUUAAUCUUUCAUAAUUACAUCUCAAUUAAUGGCUGGAAAGUAUGUAGUAAGACAAAUUAAAUUUUUUAGCUUCAGGUUUUUUCUUUUUUGGUCACAGGAGUAGACAGUAAAUUUGGGUCUAAUUUUGUCUUAGCUUUGGUGCUCACAAAACAAAGAAGGGUAUUAGCGAGUUCUUUGUUUUAUUCAAAAAGAAUAGCCCUUUUAUAGUUUGUGCCUUCUGUGAGCAAAACUUUUUCGUAUGUGUGUAAUUAGUAAUGACAUCAUGUUAGGAUUAGGGAUUUCCCACUUCCUUUUCCUGCAGGUUUUAAAUUUCCAACCUGUUAAGAGAAUUUGUGGACCAAAUUCCAAAGAAACUUUUUGUGUAGUCAGUUCUUGAAUAAUGAGUUUGGUAAACAAACUCAUAAAAUGAAUUCCUAGAAGUGUUUUACUACUUAUCAAAUAACUGACCAUUUCCUAUAGAAAGGUAAGGAGACUAAGGCUUUGUUUUACUACGACUGGUGCGAGGCUGUGUGACAGGGCGCAACCUUUGCUCCCAGGGGCUGGGAUUGGGGCACUAGGGGUCAGAGCCUGGCAGGAUUGUCAGCUUUAUUCUGACAUGAAUCUGAGGGGAAGGGGCAAGGAUCACAUCUAAUGACAUGUGUUCCAUAUGCUCUAUUAUAUAGUGUUGUUAAUGAUUAAACUGAUCUUAAAAUUCCUAGCAGUGGAAUUUUGAAAUGCAUGUACUUAGAUUUAUGGUAAAAUGAUUCAGUUAGUGUUUUAGUAACACUUCAGAGUUCGUUUGUUUUCUAGACUAAAUACAGGGUUAGCAUAAAGUAGAAGAAAUCUAAUGGUUAAAUUUCCCAUUUGUAUUUUAUUUUCUUGAAUACUUUUUUCAUAGUUAUUUGUUUAAGAAGAUUUAAAAAUCAUUGCACUUUGGUCAGAAAAAUAAUAAAUAUAUCUUAUAAAUGUUUGAUUCCCUUCCUGGCUACUUUUAUUCAGAAUUUUUUGUUUGUUUGUUUUUGGCAUCGUGUUGAAGCGUUGAAAGGUACAGAAUAAAUAAAAGGCUAUAGAGUCCAAAG